UGGAAAGAAAAAAAGAAACAUUCUAUAUUUGUGUCACUAGUCAAUUGAGCAAAUAAUGGGUUAACUUGCUCCAUUCACACAAAGGCAGGGGAGGGGACUGGUACUCUGACAUCACUGCUGAAAGAGAAACUAAAUGACAAGGAGAGGCGCCGCUUGUUUUUACUUUUAUUUCAUUUCAUUUAAAGUUCAAGCAAAGCCUUUAUACACCAGACAUGGCUUCAGCAGGAAGUCGAGCAGAUGAACAGGCUUUUAAAUGUUCCAUUUGUCUGAGUGUGUUCGAGAAGCCCGUGUCACUUCCCUGUGGGCACAACUUCUGUUUAGAGUGUAUAACAAAUUACUGGGGCUUUAGCAAUCCUCAUGUCCAAUGUCCAGUGUGCAGAAGGAUGUUUGCCACCAGGCCGAUGCUUCAUGUUAACACUCUCAUUGCUGAGAUGACUGAAAAGACCAAAGGAACUGUCCCAGAAGAAUCCCCUGGAACUGUCAAACAAGCAGGAACUGUAGUGCUCUGUAGUGUCUGUACAGGGGCAAAGGUCAAAGCCUUGAAGUCCUGCUUACAGUGUGUCACUUCAUACUGCGAAACACAUCUGGAGCCACAUGAGACAGUUUCAACCUUGAAGAAGCACAAGUUGAUCAACCCAGUCAAGAACUUGGCGCACAAGAUAUGUAACAUUCAUGGCGGGUAUUUGGAACUGUUUUGCUUUGCGGAUCAAGAGUUUGUAUGUGAGGCCUGUAGAAACAGGGAUCAUAAAACACACAAGCUAGUGACCCUAGAGGAGGCGGUUCAAAUGAUAAAAACCCAGCUCGAAAAAGAAAAGAUGCAGGAAGCCUUGGCCAAGAUGGAGACAACAGUCAUGACAGGAGUACGUAUGUUAUGUGAUCCUGACUUGAAAGAAAAGCAGCGGCAUGCUGUAGAUGUAACUCUGGAUCCUGACACAGCAAACCCCUAUCUCAAAGUUUCUGCCGAUGGGAAACAAGUCACACAUGGAGCCAAAAACAGGAAUCUCUCAGACACACCGGGGAGGUUUGACCAAGUGUUUAAUGUCUUGGCAAAGGACGGUUUCUCCUCAGGAAUGUUUUAUUAUGAGGUCCAAGUUAAGGACAAAACCCAUUGGAUUUUAGGAGUUGUAAACCAGUCCAUCAAGAGAAAGGGGGAUUUACAACUAAGCCCCAAGAUUGGUUACUGGACAAUUUGCCUUAAGAAAGGACUUCAGUAUACAGUCAAUACGAGCCCUGCCACUAACCUCGAUGUGAGGAAGAAGGUUCACAGGGUCGGGGUGUUCAUGGACUACAAGGAGGGUCAAGUUUCCUUCUACGAUGUCGAUGCCAGAGUGAACAUCUUCUCCUUCAGCGGCUGUAACUUCACCGAACAGCUCUUUCCGUUCUUCAGCCCCUGUCCCAAUGAUGGCAUCAAAAAUUCAGCCCCCUUGGUCAUUUCACCUGUCAAAUACAACAGCUGAGUUUUUAUCUCGUUUUCUAGGUAUGUGUAAAGAAAAAUGAGAGAGACAGGGAGAAAGAUCACAAUAGUUGAAUUCUGAAAUGCUUUAAUCUGUGAAACUCCAGGGUGUCAUUCUGGUUGUCCCAUCUAUCAGUGCCUGUACCUGCGUGUCAGUCUGUGUCACCCAUCACCGCUGUAGAUCUCCAACAGAGCUUGGAUAAUGUGGAUACUGGAUACUGUUAGACAAUGUUGUGUGUUGACAUAAUGGAAAAGUCAGUGAUCACUACUGUCUGAUGUUUGACUUGAACUCAGUGAUUAAAAAGAAAAAAUUAACUGCAAUUUGCAAAACAAAGGAUUUUAAAUUCUGCGUUUUGCAAACAUGGAAUGAGAUUUUAAUGAUAUGACCUGGAUAAUUGCAUACUCCAAAAUGAAAACAGGAAGCAAGUGGAAAAUGAAUGGGAGGCUAUGGUCAAUGUCAUUAAACAAUAGUAUUGUUUUAGAGCUAUCAGAGGUUAUUAAAAAAUAAUUAAUAAACAACAGCUCUACAGAUAAUAUUGUUGGAAACGGGGUUCUCAGCACAUCCUCCAGCAGUGUGCAGCUGAAUCAGGCGCUUCGCAGAACAAGGACAGCAACCUUCCAUACUUAGAAUAUCAAAUUAAAAGUAGUCUUUAUGCAGACAAAUGGGCCAUCUCAAUGUUAUAUUAUUGUACACUGUACAGGGCUGUGCAGAGACCUUCAAGGGGGCAAGUGCUCAAAUUUCAAAAGAGGAAAAUUAAUAAUUUAGAGCAUAACCUUUGAAUCACAACAACCCAUAUUCAAACUGAGAAAUUGAAUCGGGGGGAAACAAUACCCUGCUCGGGUUUUAAUGAACAACUUUAUUUACACUAGAAAUUCAUUGACGGCACUGAAAUGCUAUGUAAUCUCUAAAUAAAUUAAUAGACACUCA